ACACAGUUUUCAACAACGCCACUAUAAACAUCGACUUGCCUGCUAAACGGAUACAUUCGCAUCGAUUGCUCAACUCUCCGAUGGAUCCAAAGAAAAGUACUGAGAAUGGCGUGGAGGACAGUGUGGCCAGUAAUGAUGAAGAUCUGUAUGUUUGUGACCAGUACAGUGUGGCCAGCAGUGUGGACAGCACAGCAGAGGAAAUGUUAAGGAACGGUCUUGACCCUGUUCUAGAUUGGCCUUCACCUGAUAUUUACUCACCAGAUGAGGACUGCGACCUACAGCAGAGAAAGAGAUCCCGUCUGUCUUCCACAUGCUCUGCUGCUGGAGGAGAUGGCAGGGAGAGUGAAAAUGAUGGCUUAUCUACAGAAAGGUGGCGCAGCUUAGAUGAAACAGAUGUUGAACCGCUUCAGCUAGACUUCACACCUGUCCAAGAACCUGGACCAAAGUUUUUACCAAGCAAUUGUAGCAGUCCUCUCCAGUUUUUUCAGCUGUUCUUUCCAAAAACAAUGAUGCAGUCUAUUGUAGGGCACACAAAUGUCUAUGGGAGCAAGUGCAAGGAUGUGGGUAAUCCUUGGCUCUUCCUUUCUCUGAAAGACUUGAAGUCGUACAUAGGACUGGUCAUUUACACAGGUCUUUUGAAGUGCUCUUUACUGACAGAAUAUUGGAGGGAGUCCCAGUACUUCAGUCCAUCCUUUCCUGCUCAUGUCAUGUCUUAUCAAAAAUUUGUGGCAAUUGCCAAUACUCUUCAUUUCAGCAAUACCAUCGAAGAUGAGAAAAAUUACUUAAAGAAGGGAACAGCAGCCUAUGAACGGUUAGGUAAAAUUCUACCUCUAUCUCAACUCAUUCGAGAGGCCUGUAAGACCCAUUUUCAUCCCUUUCAGAACAUCACCAUUGAUGAAAGAAUAGUGGCAGCACAGCCUAGAACUGGUCUCAAACAAUCCAUGGAAGACAAAUCUACAGAUAGAGGAUACAAACUCUUUGCUCUGACAGACUGCACCUGUGGCUAUACGUGGGACUUCUUAAUUUACGAGGGGAAGUCAUGUGCGUCACAGAAUGUGGGCCUGAGCUAUGAGUCUGUUAUGGCAUUGGUGGAUGAAAAUAUGUUGGGCUCUGGGUACAAACUGUUUGUGGACAAAUUUUACACCAGCCCCACACUCUUCAGGGACCUCUUGCAUAAAAAGUUCUGGGCUUGUGGCCCUGUUUUGUCGACCAGGAAGGGUUUCCCAAAAAUCUCAGUGAAUAGAUUGUCGAAGAAUGCUCCACGCGGCACCAUGCGCUGGAUCAGGGAUGAUAAUCUUCUGUUUAUUGAGUGGAAAGACUCACAGGAAGUGCAGAUGUGCUCCACCUUCCAUAAAGCUUAUGAAGGUAAUACUGUGCAGAGAAAGGUGAAAGGUGAUGCACUUCGGACCCUUAAGGAGGUUCCCAUUCCAGCUGUGGUGCUGGACUACAACAGGUUAGUAGAAUUUCAGUGA